AGAUUAAUGAGAUGACCAUUAUAUAGUCCAUAAAUUAUAUGACCCUGGUUUGGUAUAUAAUGUUCGUUCAUUUCAAGUCACUUAUCUUCGAACUCUCCAAACUAAGUCAACCCCUAACAAGAACAAAAUCACUCCACGCUUUACUAAUCAAGACCUGUCUAUACCAUGACCCAUUUUACGCAACAAAAACCAUCAGAUUAUACGCAACCAAUGACGAUCUUUACUCUGCACGCAACCUGUUCGACGAAAUGCCUAACCGAACCGUCUAUCUCUGGAACUCCAUAAUAAGAGCCUACGCGCAAACCCAUCAUUUCCGCGAUGCAUUUACGAUGUUCAAAGACAUGCUCACCUCAGAAACACAGCCUGAUAGUUUCACAUUCGCUUGCAUUUUACGCGCUUGUGCUGAAAACCAUGAUGUUAAAGGUGUUAAGUUUGUGCAUGGACAAGUGGUUGUUUUUGGUCUGGGACUGGAUUCUGUUUCUGGUAGUGCGCUUGUGUCGGGUUACUCGAAACUGGGUCUUGUUGAUGAUGCUAGAAUGGUGUUUGAUGGGUUAGAUAGACAUGAUUUGGUUUUGUAUAACGCGAUGAUCGCGGGUUAUGGAAGUUGUGGAGAUUGGGACAGAGGGUUGCGUUUGUUUGUUGUGAUGAGGAGAAUGGGAAACCGGCCUGAUGGGUAUACGGUGGUGGGGUUGUUAUCCGGUUUUACGCGGUCUAACUUGCUGGAAAUCGGUCAGGGAAUUCAUGGUUACUGUUUAAGAAACGGGUUUGAUUCUAAUGCGCAUAUAAGUAGUGUGCUCGUAAGUAUGUAUUCAAGGUGUGGAUGUAUGAAUUCGGCCUACAAAGUAUUUAAUAGUUUGUCACAUCCAGAUUUAGUAACAUGGUCCGCUUUAAUAUCUGGUUUUUCGCAAUCCCGAGAGUGUAAUAAAGCCUUGAUAUUUUUCAAGAAAAUGAACUAUGAAGGUAGAAAAUCUGAUACGGUAUUAGUUGCUGCGUUACUUGCUGCUACCGCACAAUUGGCAGUUCUAGCACCGGGGAUUGAGAUACACGGUUACGCGAUCCGCCAUAACCUAGAUUCGGAUACCAUGGUGUCUUCCGCUUUGAUAGACAUGUAUUCGAAGUGCGGUUUCUUGGAAAUGGGACUCAAGGUGUUCGAUCAUAUGCCCAAGAGAAACAUGGUUUCUUACAAUUCAGUAAUAGCAAGUCUUGGUUUGUACGGUCUUGCAUCCGAGGCGUAUAACGUGUUUCGCGAGGCUGUUGAACAAGGUUUAAAACCUGAUGAGUCUACUUUUUGUGCUCUAUUAUCCGCUUGCUCCCAUGCUGGUCUUAUUAACGAAGGCCGUGAUAUUUUCAAACGAAUGGAUGUUGAAUUUGGCGUCGAAGCGAAAACUGAGCAUUAUGUUCACUUUGUGAAACUGCUUGGGAUGGUGGGAGAGUUGGAAGAGGCUUAUGAUCUUAUUUGUUCUUUGGGAGAUGACGUGGAUUCGGGGAUAUGGGGUGCGCUUCUUUCUUGUUGUGAUGUACAUAAUGAUUCGAAGCUUGCGGAAAUUGUAGCACGUCGAGUGUUUGAUAAAGAACGAGACGGAAGCAAGUAUAAGAUUAUGGUUUCUAAUUUCCAUGCUGGAAAUGGGAGGUGGGAUGUUGUGGAAAACUUGAGGGAUGAUUUAGAUGAUGUGGGAAAGAAGAAAACUUGUGGGAUUAGCUGGAUUGAGAUUUAACUUUUGUAGGCCGUUCUUGAUCGAGCUCUUUUGAACAUCUGAUGGGAUGAAAUGGUUGUGCAUUUCGGUUUAUUUUUCUGGUCCAGUGGAAAUUAGUUGAUAAAAUUAGUGAACUCAGCAACUAUAUUUGACUCAGCAAUCUAGAGAUUAUGUGAAAGCAAUAAGCAAGCGUUUUUCUUCUCAAGCAUGGUUGCAAAAGUCGCUAGGCGCUCCCUAGUCGGUCGGGUAGGGUACCGGAUUCAUUUCUAAAAGAUGAACUAUUGGUGCUGUAAUUUCCCUGCAGUCCAGUUUUUCUUAUACAUGAAGUUAAGCCUGGCAAGACAGGUGGGUCAGGUCGGGUUGGGUACCGGAUCAAAACAGGUUUUGAAUUUGACCAACAGUUGUUUGAAGAAGACUGUUUAAAGAUAAGAAAGAAGAAAGUGCAUAAACAUUAGUCUUCAUAUAUGCAGAUGAGCCUUAGCUGUGGUUUAGGAACUUAGAUGUUCAUUCACUUUAGGGUUUUUUUAUGUGUUUGUGACUGUACAUGUCUAUAUGCUGUGAAUCAUAUUAUACAUGUCCAUGUUUUUAGUAUGUUAUCCCCCAUUUUGUUAGUGUUA